AUGGACGGCCGUCCCCCCAAGCGACAGCGCAGGUCCGUCGUAAAUGGUCCAGAGCAAUCCAAAACAUCCAAACAAACCGUCAUUUCGUCGCGUCCCAAACCCCGAGCGCGUCCCGGCCAAGCUGCCUCACCCCGAAUCUCCACCUCUCCCUCACCCAAAAAGCCCGGAUCCUCGUCCUCGCCGAAUACAAAACAAUCCAAAUCAUUACAUAGCUUCUUUCAGCCUGCGACAGAGGGACAACGCUGGUCCUCACACAAAUUCGAGCCCAAACGGUCACUCGAGACAGUUUCAGAGGCAACCCUUGAUGCGGACGUGAUCGAGGAUGAUUAUGACUCCUACGACGAGAUAUUUACACAGCACCUGGCCGGUGUGAAGGCUGGUGUAAAGGCCGGUGAAGCUGUUGACGCGAAAAGCAAGCGUGAACCCAGCCAAACACGACGACCAUCGAAACAGAGCUCGCGGCCCAAAAAACCACUUACCAAACGCUUUCUCAUGCCCACCGAGUCGAACAGCACUCGCUCACAGUCUCCGGCUCAAUCGGUGGAAGCAGACAAACGUCCUUGGGCACAACGGUUCGCUCCGUCGAAUCUGGAUGAGCUCGCCGUUCACAAAAGGAAGGUCUCCGAUGUACAAAACUGGCUGGAAGAUGCCUUUUCUGGGAGACGCAGGGAGAGACUACUCGUUCUCCGUGGCCCAGCGGGUUCUGGGAAGACGACAACGGUUUCUCUUCUUUCUGAAUCGGCCAGUUUCGAUAUUGUUGAAUGGAGGAAUCCGGCCGUCUCCGAGUUUAAUGCGCAAGACUACGUCUCUGUCAGUGCUCAAUUUGAGGAGUUUCUCGGCCGAGGCGAUCGCUUCGGAGGACUUGACCUGGAGGACUCCUCCGAAUUGAAGAGCGCGCACAAAGCACAUCCCGGCAACCGGCGCGUUCUUCUCGUGGAAGAGUUUCCCACUGUACUCAGCCGGUCAUCGUCGAGUUUAACAGCCUUCCGGGCUUCUCUACAGCGCUAUCUUGCCGCGGCAGCAGAUAAUGGGAAUGGCUGGCAUCCACCCAUUGUGAUGAUCGUGUCAGAGACGUUGCUGAGCUCGGCGUCGUCCAUCUUGGACAACUUGACGGUGCAUCGGCUGCUCGGGCCCACUCUGUAUAACCACCCGAACACGACAAUCAUCGACUUUAAUACCAUUGCACCGACCUUUAUGCAGAGGGCCUUACGGUCAAUCCUCGACAAAGAGGCACGCGCUUCCCAGCGUAGCCGAAUCCCCGGUCCGGCAGUCCUGGAGAGGAUCUCGGAGAUUGGGGAUAUCCGUAGCGCCAUCUCUUCCCUGGAGUUUCUUUGUUUGAAAGGCGACCAGACAGGGAACUGGGGCAGCAGCGCUACGAAAACCAAAAAGUCUCGCGGGGACACGGCUUUGACACCGAUGGAGGAAGAGUCACUCAAGUUGAUCUCACAGAGAGAGGCUAGUUUGGGAAUGUUCCAUGCCGUGGGCAAGAUUGUCUACAACAAACGUCUGGACCCGAGUCUGAUGCCAACUGAGGCUGCCAUACCUCCAUCACCACCCGACCAUCUCUCCCAUUACCGACGGCCCAAGGUCUCGCAAGUCGGCGUCAAUGACCUAAUUGACGAGACGGGCACCGAUAUCUCCACUUUCAUAUGUGCCCUUCAUGAGAACUAUCCACCGUCUUGUAACGGGGAUCACUUCACGGAUAACCUUAAUGCAUGCAUUGAAGCACUAUCCGACAGCGAUAUACUCGGUGCCGAUCGCCGGCCAACAGGAGCGCGGUCUGGCGUUGGGAUUGGCGCCAAUCUUCAGAACGCGGGAGUUGAUAUGCUUCGACAAGAUGAAAUCAGUUUCCAGGUGGCGGCGCGCGGGCUUCUGUUCGCUCUUCCCUAUCCGGUCAACCGGAAACUAACUCAAGGGGAUGGGCGAGGUCGCGGCAAUGCCCACAAGAUGCUCUAUCCGUCCUCGUUACGACUGUGGAGGAAAACCGAGGAGAUCGAGGGCCUCUUGGAUUCAUGGAUGAAGCACAUGCUUGAUCCCAGCAAUCACAGUCUUUCUGCGCGCAAUAUGGGCACCAACUUUGAGCCCACGGGCGUCAGAUCCUGGAAAAGUCUUCAGGUCGGUCACGCAUCGAGUCGGGACAGUCCCUCAACGAUGACAAUGAUGGCGCGCCAUGAUGCACUGCUCCAUCAACUUCCCUACAUGACCCAGAUUCGGCCGGACGAUAACGGGCAAUUAAGCCAGAUCACCAGUAUUCGAGGAAGUCGCCUGGAUGAUGUUGAAGAGGACGAUCUGGCACCGUCACAGCCUCAACCUCCCAAAACGAGCAGCAAUGCAUUUGGGCCUCGUCUGCAAGUGGAGGAAGAGAAGCUUAUUCUCAGCGACGAUGACAUUGUAGAUGACUGA